UAAAAAAACACAAAACACUGCUAUUUACAAACCUGAUGCAACCACAUUUUGGGAGUGUGUGUGUGUGUGUGUGUGUGUGUGUGUGUGUGUGUGUGUGUGUUUCGGGCUUCUAUACCUUUCUGGCAUAGCUGCCCCUGGCUUUCCAGCUCGACUAGGGAAGCUUUCAUUUGCUGCCACAAUAUUCCGGGAGGGGCCUUCAUAUGAGAGCUCAAGGCGGACAUUGUACAUAGUAUGGCGAAAGCUGUGUUAGAAACUGAGAUAUGAAAACUAGCUAAAUGGCACCUUAAACCUAGGUUAUGGGCAUCGCAACGAAAUGUCUAGGCACACUUUUUUAUAACCAGAAUACAAAGCUGAAAAUGAAUGAACUGCAGCUAAAAUGUUAUAUUCAUUUUUCACAUGGUCUAGUCCUCAUCCGAAGACUGCAAAAACAAAGCCAUACUUCCUCUGCCCACCCCAUAAUAUUCUUAUGAGGGUCUCUUCUUCAGUCCCCAGACAAGUGGGGAGGCAGGAAAAAGCUCCUCCUUUUCUUCCAGCAGUGGCAGUUUUAAUUUGGAAACAUAGGCACAGUACUGCUCCCAGAGCUCAGAAACUGCUCGCAUUAAUGAAAUUCCUAGAACAGUGGGAGUUUCGAAUGCUGGGAGAAAGUGAAGAGAGAGGUUUUUUCCUUCUUUCAUAAUGCUGGAACACAGGACUACCCAAUCAAGCCGAAUGUUAGAAGAUUCAAAACAAGCAAAUGAAAGUACAGCGCAAAGUUAAAACUGUAAAAUUCACUCCCACCAACUUGAUUAGCUUUAGAAAAGGAUUACUAUAUACAACUUCAUGGAGGAUAAGCCUAUCAAUGGUGACUAGCCACAACAGCUAUACCUGUAUUAUGUUUCCAUUAGAUGUAUAAAUGACCUGAUAAGGCAGCUUUCUUUGCACUGUUGGAGGCAUUAUGCUUCUUUAUGACAGUUUUUGGGAAUCACAAGUUGGGAUAAUAAAGUGCCAGUGUUAUCCUUCCAUCCCAAACUGGUUUUUUGCCACAUGGCAUAUUGUGACCCAUCCUUUCACUUUCUGCCAUAUUAAAGUGGCAGCAGCUGCUGCAGGAGGAGGUGCUGAAAAGGCCAUUUUGGCUUCUCUGGAAAAGUUGUGACGGCGUGUUUCAAUAAAAUAUUAAAGGCUGCAAUUUAAAGAAGCAAUAUGCAUGCACAGGAAAACUGCAAAUACAACUACAACUUUUACCACAGCAGUUUCCACUGCUGAUGAGACAAGUUAGCUUUAAAAGGCAGUUUGGCUUUUAGUACCGGUAGUAGUAAGUGCUGACCUAACAGUGUCAAACACAGUUUCAGUUAUCUUCACAGUACUCCCUUCUUGUGUGCAAAUUGCCUCUAUUGGUUGCUGUAAAAAUGCUCUGACAAUUUAGCUACUAAUGGGUUUAUAUGUCACUAAUAAGUUGCUAAAGCAUUCUUUGACCAGUUUCAUCUGAGACACAUGCUUAAUCUUUCUUGGCAUACCAGCCCACACAUUUCUUUGUCAAUCAUUUGUGAUCUACAAGGAAAAGGAAAAUAACAAACUUUUCUAAAGCUAGCCCUAACCACUGAAAAGGGUGUUAAAAACUAUUUCAUGUAUACUUUAUGUUUUAGAAUUUACACAGUAGAUCACUCUGUAGUUCUUUUAUAAUACAGUGGUGCCUCGCUAGACGAAUUUAAUUCGUUCCACGGGCCACGGGUCUUUUCUUAUAACGAAAAAUUUGUCUAGCGAAUCCCAUAGGAAUGCAUUGAAUUUUUUUUUAUUUUUUGCCCAUAGGAACGCAUUAAUUGAAUUUCAAUGCAUUCCUAUGGGAAACCGCGAUUCGCUAGACAAAUUUUUCAUAAAACGAAUUCGUCUAGCGAGGCAACCUCCGCUCGGAAAAUCCUUUCGCUAGGCGGAAAUUUCGUUAAGCGGGGCAUUCGUUAAGCGAGGCACCACUGUACGUAGUGUUACCUGCACAGUGGUAAACAGUGUCCCCCAAUUUAUCCAAUUUCUGCCUCUUACCAUUUACAACACUCUGGGUGGCAGGAAGAAAGUCUUCCUGUGAUUGAUAGGAAUCUAAAUCUCCCUAACAGAAAAGGUUGAAAGUCUGGGAGUUGUUCUUGCUUUUGUUCCAACCCUGCUUUUUGAGAAGAUGGUUGCCAGAGUAGCUAAAAUGCUUUCUUUCUGCUCUGUUUGUUUCAAUGCCUUGACCUUUCUUGAGUAGAGAGGAACUUGCAAUACUAAUCUAUGCUUUCUUAACUUCCAAGCAUAGCACUCUAAAUGGGGCCAUUCCUGAAAACAACUCAGAGGUUUUAGCUAGUGCAAAAUAUUGCCACACAUCUCCUUACAUAUAGGGAACAGCACGGUUAUAUACAGUCAGUCUUGCUUUAGCACAGGGGUAGGCAGCCUGAGGCCCGUGGGCCGGAUGCAGCCCAUUCACUUUCUCAAUCUGGUCCACAGGUGGUCUGGGAAUCAGCGUGUUUUUACAUGAGCAGAAUGUGUCCUUUUAUUUAAAAUGCAUCUCUGGGUUAUUUUUGGGGGCAUAGGAAUUAGUUCAUCCCCCCCCAAUAUAAUCCGGCCCACCACAUGGUCUGAGGGACAGUGGACCCCGGCCCACAGCUGAAAAAGGUUGCUGAGCCCUGCUUUAGCAGCACUAACUGGCACUAUGGUUCAGUUCAAGUUGCUGCUGCUUAGGCUUAGCUAUAAAACCUUUCAUGGUUGGCAUCCAAUGGUGCCACUUGUUCCCUACUGCAACUUCAGUCCACUUAGCGAUGCUGUUGCAGCAGGUUUCCUGUAUUGGACUAGAUUACCUUUGAUUGUACCUUCAAAAUCUAUUAUUGUUCUCAUGCUGUUCUCUAGUCCUUACUCCACAUGAAAUGGAAUUUGUUGUAGAGACUUUUACUCUAGGAAGGGAACUCAGGCGGGGGCAGAUCAAGUGACAGUACUUUUUCUGUGCUGGCCUCACCACUAUAGAGCUCUCUCUCCUGAGAUAUAUUAUCAGCUUCUUAGUGCUUCUUUUCUAAAAAAAAUAUAUGUUUAGGGGUACUCUCAUUUUGACUCAAGAAAAUUACCAUUUAUAGUUCAAAUUGGGAAAAAUAAAGACAGUAAAUGGACAAAAGUAUAAAGAUUCACAAAAUGUUUAGGGGUAUACGUACCCCUGCAUCCCCCCAUAAAAAGAGCACUGAGCUUCCUCCUUGGUAGUGCUUAGGUGGGCUCUAAAAACAUGUAUUUUUAGGCUUUAUUUUAAUGGGAUAGUUUUAUAAGCAGUAGACUCAGUAAUCCUAGCUGGCUGCGAUACAUUGAUCUGAAAUGUUUUAACUACUGCUUCUGUACAUGUGAUUACAGGUGAAACUCGGAAAAUUAGAAUAUUGUCGAAAAGUGCAUUUAUUUCAGUAAUGCAACUUAAAAGGUGAAACCAAUAUAUGAGAUAGAGACAUGCAAAGCAAGAUAUGUCAAGCCUUUAUUUGUUGUAAUUGUAAUUAUUUGUCGUUAGGCGGGUCAAUUAUAAAUGGAAUGUAAUUAAUGAAAUGUAAUAGCAAUGUUUAUUUUUGUAUUAUUGUAACUGUUUUAUUACUGUGGAAUUUCCAAAAGAAAGCAUUUGUAAAAAUUAAAAUAAAAAAUAAUAAGUUUCAUUACUGAAAUAAAUGCACUUUUCGACGCUAUUCUAAUUUUCCGAGUUUCACCUAUAUGUUGUUUACAUAUUGUAUGGUUUUAAACUGUUUUAAUUUGUAUAAGCUGCUGUUCUCAGCAGCACCUUUCUUUCCAAACUGGCCUGCCAGCAAGUUUUAAUACCACAGAUGCUACUUCUUUCACAACUCUUUGGCCUCUGGAUUGUUAGUUUCAGGACCAAGAAGUACAUUUGCAGGUUCAACUUUGGCCCAGAUGCCUCUACUUGCUGAGCCAAAUUGAGGUUUUAUUUUUACAUGACCACAGAUGGAAUUAAGAAAGUGCUGAUUUAAGCCUCAUGCGCAAAGGGGCCCCUUGUCCAUUUUUGUGUGUGUGGUAAAUCAUGUAAAUCUAGCUUCCAAACAAAACCAUUUCAAAAUGAAAGACAUAGUGUAUGCUACCAUCAUUGUUGAAUCUAAUGCCAAACAGUUAAAUUUGCAUUCUACCAACCAAGUAUGUAGUGACCAGUGUUAAAGUAGGAUUUGGCUGCCACUAUAGUUUGCUUUUGUGUGUGAAGGGAUGGGUGGGUGCCAUCUUAUCCUUGGCUUCAGGCGCUAAAAUGUGGGCCAACAGGGCCUGCCCAAGACAUAUCCCACUAGAGGCCACCGUCCCUGUGUCUCAAUCCAGCACGGUCCACUGCUUGCACCCUCCCUCCACCACAAAAGCAGAUUUCUAGUCCCAUUGUCAUCAUGGUGGUUUCAAAAAAGAAGCCAACCUUUCACUUGAGUAUUGCAUAUGGGGGGUGGGCAGCUACCGCUGGUGGUGGUCCAGAGCUGAGCAGGAACAUCAUUAGUGAGCCAAGCCCAGACAUUUUAGAUAUUUUCAAAAUGUCAUUUUGUAUUCUACGAAAGGAGGGGAGGGAAACUUUUAAAGCCUGUUGCUGCCCUACCACACUUCUGGAGUGUGUUGUUGUAGUCCUUUAAUACCUCCAAAACACAUGAGUGUAAGAAGUACCUGCUGGGUCAGACCAAUGAUCUGUCUAGUCUAGCCCAACAUCUUUAAUGACUGCUAAACUUGUGGCAGCCAGUUCCAUAGUUCAUACCCCGUGUAAAGAAAUACUUCCACCAGUCUGUCUUGAAUCACCUGCGCAAUGAAUUUAAUUAAAUAUCUGGAGUAUUUGUUAUUAAAUAUUUCUCUCUAGUCAGUUUCUUCAAGCUGUACGUGAUAUUAUAAACCAAGGGUCAGCAACCUUUUUCAGCCGUGGGCUGGUCCACCACCCCUCAGACCAUGUGGUGGGCCGGACUAUAUUUUGAAAAAAAUAAUGAACGCAUUCCUAUGCCCCACAAAUAACCCAGAGAUGCAUUUUAAAUAAAGCAACACAUUCUACUCAUGUAAAAACACACUGAUUCCCGGACCGUCUGUGGGCCGGAUUGAGAAGGCGAUUGGGCCGCAUCCGACCCACGGGCCUUAGGUUGCCAACCCCUGUUAUAAACCUCUUAACAUAUAACUACUUUUUUUACCUCCCCUGUUUAAAGUUCCAAAGGUAGUCCUUCCUAAUUUUGGUUGCCCUUUUCUGUACCUUUUGUAGUUCCACUACUAGAACUGUAUGCAGUAUUCCAAAUGUGGCCAUACCAAGGAUUCAUAUAAAGACAUUAAAAUACUGGCAGUUUUAUUCCUGAUCCUCUUCCAAAUAUGCCAGCAAGAUAAUCCCCUUUCCCUCAGGGCUCUACAACCCUUUCACAUUUUUCCUGUUUUGUGAAUUCAAUCUUCCGUCAUUUAGUGACUUGCCACACAAUUGGGUAGUGAGUGAUUUUGCUUCAUAAUACUGCUAACUGUGUGAGGGUAAGGCUCUUGCUGGUGGUGCAGAUCAAAGUUAGCCCAAAUGCUGCACACUGGCCUUAAACAGGGUUGUUUUUUUUAAAUACACCUGGAAAGGCACAUAGGUAUGUAGGUAUUUUGUGGAUAUACUUAUGAUUUUGUGGUGUCUGACGCAUAUACCGCAACCAGAAAGGUUCAAAUGCUAAUAUUUAGUUAACAAAAUUCAUAUACAGUCGUACCUCGGAAGUCAAACGCCUUGCGAGUCAAAGGUUUUGGCUCCCAAACACCGCAAACCUGGAAGUGAGUGUUCCGGUUUGCAAAUGUUCUUUGGAACCUGAAUGUCUGACGGGGCUUCCGUUGCUUCUGAUUGGCUGCAGGAGCUUCCUGCAGCCAAUUGGAAGCCAUGCCUUGGUUUCCGAAUGUUUUGGAAGUGGAAUGGACUUCUGAAACUGAUUCCGUUUGACUUCCGAGAUACGACUGUACUGCUUGAUUGUAGUAACACCCCUAACUAAGCAUUUACAAGAAAUAUUAAAAUUGCCAAUAAAAACAACUAAAAAAUCUAAAAAUAAUUAAAACAAACAGCAAAAGAAAUUAAAAUGCACCAGCAUUUACGUAUAUGGCUUGGCUAAACAAAAAUGUUUUAAGCAGGCACCUUAUUCUGGGGUUUUAAUUUUGUGUUUUUCUUAGUUUUUGAGCUUUCAAAGGAGCACCAUGCUUGGACUUGAGCAUGAUUAAUAUGCUGCUAUCAUUUGUCGAGGCAUUGUCUUGCCUAUCCAAAAAAAGGGAAAAAGAAAUCCAAACUGGAUAUGUUGAAUAUUAGCACAAAACGUAACCAACAUACCCAACUGUACUCUACAGGUGAAACUCGGAAAAUCAGAAUAUCGUCGAAAAGUGCAUUUAUUUCGGUAAUGCAAUUUAUUAUUUUUUAUUUUUAUUUUUACAAAUGCUUUAUUUCAGAAAUUCCACAGUAAUAAAACAGUUACAAUAAUAAAAAAAUAAACAUCGCUAUUACAUUUCCUUAAUUACAUUCCAUUUAUAAUUGACCUGCCUAAUGACAAGUAAUUACAAUUACAACAAAUAAAGGCUUGACAUAUCUUGCUUUGCAUGCCAUCCAUCUAUCUCAUAUAUUGGUUUCACCUUUUAAGUUGCAUUACUGAAAUAAAUGCACUUUUCGACGAUAUUCUAAUUUUCCGAGUUUCACCUGUAAGCUUGGAAUGAAAGAUUUGGCUGGUUAUUAAUUUACAAUCCAUAUGUAGUUUGUUGACUGGCUUGUUUCUACGUUCCUUCCCUUUCUGACUACUGUCUUUCUCAUUCUUUCUCCUUUAACUCAUCUCUUUGAUUUUCUAUUAUUUGCAUCUCUCUGGACCAUCCCUUCUUCCAUCUCUUUGUUCCUAUUUCCACCACCACCCUGGCACCUAUCUAUUGAUUCAUUAAAAUUAUAUGCUUCCCUUCCUUUAAAAAGUUUGAGGUAAGCUAAGGUAACAGUAAGCUAAAAUCAAACACUAAAACAACAUAAUACACAAAGAUACAAUGCAGCCACUGAAAGAAUUAGGCAAUGGAAACAAUUCUCAUUGUUUUCAUAGUGCAGCAAGUUUAAAAUAACAGAGAUGCAGUACAGGAAAUGAAAAGCUAGCCUGGCAAGAUGUGAGAGGGAAUUUUCAAAGACAAAAUUUGCCCCACCCCUCAAUAUUUCUUACUUUCACAAUAUUUUUAUUUUGCUCUUUUUAACAGAUCUUCUCAGUAGGUAUCCAUAGAAAUAUAGGCUGUUGUUGUGGUGGUGGUUGUUGUUUUGUGCCCCCUCAUCUCAGUGCCCUGUGUAUGGGAAUCACCCACACCUCCCUAAAUUGGCGCUGUUGGUCGCAACUAAGAAUACACACAUGGGUCUGUGGAGAAGAACUUAGUAGGCUCAAAUGGGAGAAAGUAGCCCUUCAAAUAUCUUGGUUCCAAGCCAUGAAGGAUUUUAAGAUCAUCACCAUUUCUGAUAUGAACCUGGAAACAAAUUGGAACUUGAGUAGUUCAGUAAGGAAGUCACACACUCCUUAUGCUUAUUUAAAAAACAAUGACAUUAAUAGGUGUGUUCCUGAUUAACAACCCAGACUCUGCAUUUGGAACCAAUAUCACUAUCUGGACACUCUUCAGAGGCAACUAUGGAGAAUACACAACAGAAGCCCAGAUGUGCUAUUACAAGGGUGUGUGUGUCACCUAGCCAUGUUUGCAGUCCUCAGAAAUGAGCAUACUUGGUACAUUGACUGCAGUUAAGCAAAGGCUCCCUUGGUCACAGCUGACGCCUGGGCAUUUAGGGACAAUGCUAAGUCCAGAGGAACCCCACAUUCCUUUUUAUGAUCUCUUAGACCAUGAGUUCUUCCAGCUUUUCCCCCUCUAGGCCCUUUGAUUUGUAUCACCUUCUAUAGGAUCUGAACAGUCAAUGGCAACUGGAGAUCUGACUGCUUACACUACUCUCCUGUAGCAUUAGAACAUCUCAGCCAAUCACUUCUUACAGCCAUAUAAAAAAAACCCCUUAGCGUAUUAUAGUGGAGAUGGCAUUCUAUAAACCUUUUGUUCUUGGCCCGUUUUUCCGCAGAUAGCUUUUGUGUGUGUUAAUCAUGAACGAAAUAAAGACAUAUGAAUUGGGGGUAAGGAGGGGAACGCCACACAAUAAUUUUAAAUUGGCGUAUAUUUUGCAUGUUGUGGAUUUAGACUUCCGAAAUUUCACUUCAGCAUAUGGAGGUUAAAAUGCUGGUGUUUGUAACAAUAUAAAUACGUACAACAUUUUAUAUGUUCCUAUUUAAGAGAUUAGAAAAUAGUUAGAUGCUGAGCCAUCACAUGCAAUUUUCAUAUGGGCGCUCAGAUAGCUAAACCACUGGUGUCCGUCUUGAGAAGUGCUUCCUCCCUCCACUGCAUGCUACUUCCUCUUUCUCAUAGUCACAGGGUAUGAUGGUGGUUUCCCCCUUCCUCCUCUGUGGGUUUUUUCUCUAACUCCCUGUUUUUUCCUGAUUGUCUUUCAUCUUAGUCUCGGUUCCCUUGAGGCAUUGAUCCUCUUUGUCCAUGUGCUUCGUCUGUUGGUCACUUUAUGGAGUGAGCUGAAGAAUAAUAAUUUCAUGAGACUGAUUUCCUGCUAGAGAGAGCAAUUCUAUUCCAUAUAGUUUCCUGCAGUGGGCACAGAAUCGCCCCUCCAUUUGUGCAGCUGCCAUGACGUGCUGGAUCAGAGACCAAUGGAAGAGAAAAAGGGCAGGCAAAAAGGAUUGCAUCUUCAAUGGCUGGGGAAGGAUUGAUCAAGUGGCUGAAAUGAAUAUGAACACUAUCCUGGAAGAGAUUCUGAUUAAAAGAUCACAACAAAAGAAAAGGACAUCUCCUUUAAAUUACAAAGAGAGGCUUUUUGUGCUUACAAAAUCCAUGUUAGCGUAUUAUGAAGGUCGUGCAGAGAAAAAGUACCGAAAAGGAUCAGUGGACAUUUCCAAAAUCAAGUGUGUGGAAAUCGUGAAGAAUGAUGCUUUAGUUAUUCCCUGUCAAAAUAAAUACCCAUUUCAGGUUGUGUAUGAGAACAGCACGCUUUAUAUUUUUGCUCCCACUGCAUACAGUAGAGAUCAGUGGGUAAGGAACUUGAAAGAAGAAAUAAAGAACAACAAUAAUAUAAUGGUUAAGUACCACCCUAAAUUCUGGACAGAUGGAAUCUAUCAGUGCUGCAGACAAACAGAAAAAUUAGCACCUGGAUGUGAAAAAUACAACCUCUUUGAAAUUGGUAUGAAGACUUUGCCUCCAUCAAUGCCCGAUAAAAGUAAGAGAAGGCCCCCACCCCCUGUUCCCCAGGAAGAAGAGGAGGAAGAGGAAGAAAUAGUAGUAGCCAUGUAUGACUUUCAGCCCAUGGAACCUCAUGACUUGAGAUUGGAGAGAGGUCAAGAAUAUACCAUCCUUGAAAAAAAUGACAUUCAUUGGUGGAAAGCAAGAGAUAAAUACGGAAGCAAAGGAUAUAUUCCAAGCAACUAUGUAACAGGAAAGAAGUCCAACAGUCUAGAUCAAUAUGAAUGGUACUGUCGAAAUCUAAACAGAAGCAAAGCUGAACAACUCCUAAGAAAUGAAGAUAAAGAAGGUGGUUUCAUGGUGAGGGACUCUAGUCAACCAGGUUUAUAUACAGUAUCCCUUUAUGCAAAAUUUGGAGGAGAAGGGUUAUCUGGAAUAAGACACUACCAUAUAAAAGAAACGAUGACAUCACAAAAGCAGUACUACCUAGCUGAAAAACAUUUAUUUGACUCCAUUCCUGAGCUAAUUGAGUAUCAUAAACACAACGCUGCAGGUCUUGUUACAAGGUUACGAUACCCAGUGACUCCAAAGGUGAAGCCCUCCCCAACUACGGCAGGAUUCAGUUAUGAGAAAUGGGAGAUCAAUCCUGCCGAGCUCACCUUCAUGAGAGAGUUGGGCAGCGGCCUUUUUGGUGUGGUGCGCCUUGGCAAAUGGAGAGCGCAAUAUAAAGUGGCCAUCAAAGCAAUCCGAGAAGGUGCAAUGUAUGAAGAGGACUUCAUAGAAGAAGCUAAAGUGAUGAUGAAGUUGACGCAUCCAAAAUUAGUCCAGCUGUAUGGUGUCUGCACCCAGCAGAGACCUAUUUAUAUAGUGACAGAGUUCAUGGAGCACGGCUGCCUCCUGAAUUACCUUCGGCAAAGACGUGGACACUUUACUAAAGACCAUCUGCUGACAAUGUGCCAGGAUGUUUGUGAAGGGAUGGAGUACCUGGAGAGAAACAGCUUUAUUCACAGAGAUCUGGCUGCUAGAAACUGCUUAGUGAAUGAAUCAGGGGUGGUGAAAGUGUCUGACUUCGGAAUGACAAGGUAUGUGCUUGAUGACCAGUACACAAGCUCUUCAGGUGCUAAGUUUCCUGUGAAGUGGUGCCCCCCAGAGGUUUUUAAUUAUAGCAGGUUCAGCAGCAAGUCAGAUGUCUGGUCUUUUGGUGUUCUCAUGUGGGAAGUAUUUACUGAAGGCAAAAUGCCCUUUGAGACAAACACAAACUAUGAAGUAGUGACUAUGAUUAGCCAAGGACACCGUCUAUUUCGGCCAAAGUUAGCAUCUAAGAAUAUUUAUGAUGUGAUGUUGCUGUGCUGGCAUGAGAAACCAGAGGGACGCCCUACAUUUCAGGAUUUGCUGCAGAUGAUUGAUACCAUAGCAGAAGAUGCUUCCUGAAAAGGCAUGAGAGGAACAAAGUUGUUCACAGUAGAGACAGCAUCAUGAAAAGAAAUGCUCCUAGAUGUUGCUUCAAAGGGCCACAUACAGAGACAGGACAACAGUGCAGUGUUUCCUUCUGCUUAAAAGGAAGUGUUUUACCAAGAUAGCCAUAGUUUGCUCAGCCAUUUAAACAGUCUGUGGAGUAGACACUGAUGAGGUGGAAAUCAUGGUUCUUGGCUGGGGGAAGAAACAGGAUGGAACCACACUUUGAGCCCUAAAUUGCAGAGCAGUAACUGGAUUUUAUAAAGUCUCUUCCCACUUCUGUCAACCAAAUGUUGAGGAGUGGCAAGGACUAGAUUCUUCAGCAGCAAUGUUUCCAAGGCUUUCCUGAAAAUGCAGUGCCACAUUGGCUCACCAAAGCUAUAAAUAUUGCCGUUAGCUCAUGAUCUUGCAGUGCUCUUUUGUUUUGCUUCCUUUCAUAGUUGGCACUGCAACACCUCUCAGCUGUUCCACCUCAAAUGAAGGACAGUGUUCUUUUAAUCUUCUCUCCUGGACUUUUUCUACAAAAUAACUAUAGAGGCAGACCAGAGGCUAGUCCUAUGAUACUGCUACUGGACAGAGUGCUGGAUUCCAAAUCCCUCUUCACCAAUGAAACACUUAUGGGGAUUGUGGGCCAAUUGCUAUCUUUCAACCUAACCUACCUCACAGGGUUGUUGAGAGGCCAAAGGGAGAGAGGACAAGAGAAUCUCGAGUUUCUUAGAGGAAGGGUGGGAUUAAUUUUUUUUAGAAGUUCUAGUGGAUGACAAGCUGCUGCAAUUCACCCUGAGCCUAUGGAUUAGGAAAAUGUAUUAAAUAAAGAAGAAAACCUGCUGGGGGGGGGGACUUUGACAGCAUUCAUAUUUAUAUAUAUAUAUAUAUAUAUAUAUAUAUAGUUCACAUCCUGUAAAUAUAUACACUGCACACAUGUAUUUAUAUGAAUGGGACUUUAGGUUUUCUUGAGAGUUUUGCAAAGCACAACUUGUUGAAUUCUUUUUAUGUUGCACAUGUAGUUGAACACAUCGCCAAGAGUUGAAAGAGUAAAGUUUCGAGUUCCGCUUCCGCUCGCAGGAAUGGCUGACCCUUUUUCCAUCCCUCCGACCUUCAUGAGGAAUUUGGCGGUUGCUAGGGGAGUAAAUGGCAACCUCCCCACCUCUCCGGGGGUUACGGAGAGGGGCCGCAGGCCCGCAGAUGCCCCUAAACCCACCCCGACUGUUCAAGGGGUGGGGGGGCCUGGGCUGAAAGCACUUAUGGAGGAUCGGAACUCCCCAGACGCCUACCUGUGUGGCGGGAUCUCCAUGAUUAAAGAAGAUAAUUGGGCUUAAAUUCAUGGACGCGCUUCAAAAGGAAGGGCAGAAGCUCUGUUUAUUGCCAAGGAAUUUUCGCUGCUGAGCGUGAGGAGUGAGGGAGUAUAUCAUCGGCAAGAAAGAUUGAUUGGGACGCCACGAGAAGGGAAGUGAGUCUUUUUAAUUUUUUCCCAUACACUCUACGAGUUAUUUCAUACCUUCCCGGACGUGAUGUCCUGUUUGUUUGGAACAAAUGAGAAAUGGAACUUAACUGUGUGAGUUGGACUUUAUAAAACUAUUGAUAUUAUAUGGUUAGAAGCUGUAAAAUUGUUGAAGAGAGGGCCCCCCCUCCAACUGGACAAUCGGAGUGCGGCUGGAAGCGUUUGGAUUUAUGAGGUGUGACGUACUUGGAAUUUGAACAGCGAUCUGAAGUUAAGUUCAGCUAUAGGGCAAGGAGAGCUAUAAAUUUAUUAAGAGUCUGUACAUAAUGUGACAGCUGUGCCUAUGCCCGGAAAAGCUGUAAAUUUUACUAUGAUCGUUUGUAAAAAAAACGUUGAGAAGAAAACGAAAGUGAUCUGAGCUUUUUAAGAUGGCGCUGUUUUGUGUUGAAGGACCGACGCAAGAGGAAAGCACUCCAGAUAAAGAGGAUUUAUGGGGAGGCCAGACUGAUUAAAACUCACACAGGAGAAUGAAUAUAUGGGAAAUCUCGUUUGAUGCUUAUUUCAGCAGCGGUGGAAAAAUUGGAUGAAAGAAGAAAACAUUUCAGUGACUGCAGGGGAAAGAUCGAGAUUAUCAUGGAUUAUGAGUGACUAUUUGGACUUUAGAACAAAGACGGCAGUAGACAGUUGCGAGAAAACCCCAAUUUUUGAAGCAUGGGAACUCCAAAAUUUUAUAUGAUUUGGCAUAAUAUUCGGUUUAAUUGAUAUGGAUUUGUAUAAUUUGGAAUAAUGGAUGUGAUAUAAUUGUGUUUUAAUUGGAAAAUUAAUAAAAAUAGAUUAUAAAAAAAAAGAAGAGUAAAGUUUCAGCGUUAUUACAAAUUGAAGAGUUAUUGGUCAGUGUGCUGCAGUUGAUAAAAUGCUCUUCACAACCCUCAUAAAAUAUUGUACCAAAAAUGUGUCUAUUAAAUAAUAUGCAUAUUGUUUGAAAUCUUGAUAAAGGCUGUGCCACUGAUUUUUAUUUCCAGACUUGUCUGGAAUUAAUUUUAACACUCUUGCAUUAGGAUUCCCCCAAGAUGUUUUGCUGCUCUGGUCUGCUGUGCUGCACAGUGGGACAUUCAAGUCUUCUGCAACAUUCUACUAGACACCCAAGCCACCUUAGAUGCAGGAGAGAAACUAUAACUCAAAAAGGUAGGCCUCCUGACAGCGAUUACAUCAAAUUAUGACUCCUUGUAACCAUGGGCUCCAUACUAUCCAAAUUACAUCCCCAAGGAUAGCAGAAUUACCUGCAUAAAUUCAAGCAGAUGACAUUGGAAUAAUUGCUAUUUUACAUAAUACAGUGGUACUCGGUUUUCGAGUGUCUCCGAAGCCAAACGUUUCGGAACCCAAACGCCGAAAACCCGGAAGUGAACACUUCCGAGGCACGUUCCUCAAUUUUCUCAAUUGAAUUUGCCAACCACCCACUGCACUUCCAGUCUUCCGGAACAGAUUACAUUCGACAACAGAGGAACCACUGUUAUUACCUUAGAAAAAUUCUAGUCAUGGGAAGAGGUGAGACAAGUCUCCCCUCCCCCAUUUUUUCAGCUAUGUUGCUGGCUUCUGAAAUCUCUGUCUACGCAAACUUUCAAGCGUAUCUCUAGCACAGCUAGAAAGCAGCUAUCCUUAAAAUACAUAUUCUCAGGAAGCUGAAUGCUAUCCACUACCAACUUUUUCCAAAACCUGCAAACUUGCAGCAUAGAGCUCGUCCCAACUUCUGCUUGUCCCAUGCAUAGAAAGGAUGGGUCCGAGAAGCUUUCUGCUUGUCUCAUGCUUUCUAGGCACAGAUGCAGGCAGCUUUGUCUUUGCCCCGCCCUUCCCCCCCUGGA